AUGUCGCAAUUCGUUGCGGUGCAGGAAGCGGUCGACGCCCAAGACACCCUCUCUUCGCAGUCUCGUCCCAGUGAGUCUCCUAGUGAGUCCUCUAAAGAUGGUCCACCGGCGAGCAACAAGCAGCCGGAUGUCAUCCUCGCAUCUACUCGCUACAUGGACCACCCCGAACGGGGUCAUCAGGAGCAAUGGCGGCCGGAUCACGAGAGUGGACGCUCUAAUCGGCUUCUCACGUUAUUAUUGCAGAGGCUCUCCUGGAGACCCUCGCGACUGAAUGUGCUCACUGAGCCUUCUGCUCGCUUCCUUCUGCCAGCCGUCCUGCUUCUCUCGGUUGCCAACGGAGCACUCAUCGCUCCAAAGCUCAACCUGCUGCUCAUUCUCAUCUGCCGAAAAGCCCCUUUUUAUGACCUCGACUUACGCGUGGACGCGGACGCGAACGCGGACGUCCGAUGCCAGGACCUCUUCGUUCAUCAUGACGUGGCAGAUUUCACUUGGCCUGUCAACCUGAUCCAGGGCAUCUUGGCCGCCGUCAUGAGCCCGAUCUUGGGCUCGCUGUCAGACCGGAUCGGCAGACGCGAUGUUCUCGCUAUCUGCGCGCUCGGCUCUCUUUCUUCCGUCGUGGUUUUGAUCUAUAUGACCAAAGCUCUUGAUAUGUUUGUCUAUCGUUAUUUCUACCUCGCUGCAGUCCUAGACGGCAUGACGGGCUCGGCAUCCGCACUCAUGGCCGCAGCGUACGCCUAUAUCGCCGACUCCACUCCUGCUGACGAACGGGCUUCAGCAUUUGGUCUUUGCCAGGCCUGCUUUAGUCUUGGUGCCGUGCUCGGGCCUGUGCUUGGCGGUCUUCUCAUGAAGUCCACAGGUUCUGUUCGGACUGUCUUUUACACCGUCAUUCUGGCGCAAGUACUAUUCAUUGUCUAUGUUGUGUAUGUCUUGCCUGAGUCGGUGUCGCCCGAACAUCGCCUGGGUGCACAGCAGGCUUCUGAUGACUAUGGAGUGUCGGAUAGUCUCGCGGAUUUGAUACCCCGUGAUCUCUCAGAACUACUCGACCGCCGUUAUCAUUCAAAACUACUUGACCGCCGUAGGCUUUUAAGACUGCUUGACCGCCUGAAUUUCUUCAAGUCACUACAGAUCUUGUGGCCUUCUUCAUCAGUAGCACCCAAGAUCCGUCGGAAUAUCAAACUGCUUGCGGGCAUUGACACGAUUCUGAUUGGUGCCGGCGCUGGUGCGAUGAUGAUCAAGCUUCUCUACGCCGAGCUCAUUUUCCACUGGACCAACGUCGAGGCCGGAUACUUCAUCUCCGCCACGAGCGCCGCGAGCGCGUUUGGACUUUCCAUCGUCUUACCCUUCGCGUCGAGGCUUACUGCCCCCAUACUCGACCGCGGCAGGGUGAGCCACGUUGGCGCCUCGCAGUCUGAUGUCUUUCUGAUCCGCUGCGGCGUCUUUGUGGGAGUCCUCGCACACACUCUCUAUCUUUUCUCGCGCUCGUCAACGCAGUUCAUGCUCAGCGGCUGCAUUGCUUCGGUGGGCACAUUAGCGUCAUCUACGAUCCAGUCCACGCUGACAAAACAUGUGCCAAAGCAGAAAAUAGGCGAGCUGCUAGGCGCCAUGGCAGUCUUGCACUCGCUAUGCAGUAUUAUUGCGCCCGCCAUCUUUGCAAUCGUCUACUCAAACACAGUCUUACAUUUCCCGGCCAGUUUUUUGCUGAUCUCUGUCGUGGCCUUGGGGGUUGCGUUUAUUAUGUCUCUGUUUUUGCGUAAGAAUACGUACGACAGUUUGUAUGCUGACGCGACGGGCGAGGAGGAUGUAUAUGACGCCGUCGAUCUUGAGGGUGAAUAG